UCCUCUGUGCUGCUGGCACGCAAGCAAGCAGACAGGUCUGCACCGUCCGUGGUUGCCUUUUGUUUGGUUGUUUUGGUUGUUUGCUAGUCAAGCGCUGGUGCCUCCCGCCUCUUACCCUCCCUUCCUCGACAACGGAGUCACUGACGCCAAUCCCGCCCAGUUUCAUUUCAAUCGAGGUACACGCGUGCGCAGUGGCGCUUUGUUUGAUUGUUUGGUUCGUGUGUCUGUUUGUUGUUUGUUCGAGCAGUGUUGUGUAGUGUGUUGUGGCCCGUGUUGCUGGUUGUGGCCCGUGUUGCUGGUCCACACGGCAUUCACUGAUGACCACCAGCAAGGCGGGCGCAAUCUGGCUGUGAAUGUUGUGACGACCGCUGGUGAAGCUGCCAACUCCUCCAAGAAGGAAGUGCGGUGGCCACUGUCCACUUCCCGCCGAAGGCUCCCUGGACUCUUGGUUGAUUUGUGUUGUUCAAUUUGAGACGUUAGGUGGCUGGACAAAGAACAUCACCCACCCUUUACAAACAAACACCCUUUGCAUGCACAAGCACACACAUAUGUGUACGCACGCACACGCGCACUUCCUCAGCAACCAAUCCUAGCUUGCGGGGCAGUGUUUUUUUUUUUCGCCCACCCAUCAUCACAACGCAAUCAGCCUCGAUCGUACAUCAAGCCCACACUCGACCUACACCCCUCCACACACAUUUGUGCAUACACACACACACACACACACUUGUACUCACUCGCUCACCUAUUCACACACACACACACACACGCACACACACACACAUACACACACAAACACACACACGCACAAACACCCACAUACACCCACAUACACCCACAUACAUACUCUCUCCCUUUGUUUUGUUUGGCCUCAGCAGUGCUUGCAGCAGGAGCUGCGUUGCUCCCCCCCCGCAAUACGUAUCAAAAUGGACCCUCGAUUGCCAAGCCUACCGCCGGCGGUGCACGUGCGUGAAAUCCAGGUCGACCUAGCACAAGCAAGCACCGCGGGCCCAUUUGAACACGCGCAAGGUGCUGCGCGGGCGCUGGCCAUCAUUCUCGACACGCCGGCAAAGCGCGUGAAUGUGCUGGACGAGGCGACCGUGCGGGCCCUCGGUGAUGCCGUGACACAGGUCGCACAAAUCAUCGCUGCAGCGCCAGCAGCAGAAGUAAGUGCGAUCAACCGCAGCAGCGGCAACCAAGCCACCACCACCACCAGCAGCAACACCACCAGCAGCAGCAACAACAGAACAACAACAGCACCCGUGGUCGCGGUUGUGUUCUGCUCCGGCAAACCCGACUCCUUCUGCCACGGCGGCGACGUCAAGCUGCAGCAGGGCAUCGGCAGCGAAGAUGACGCGCGCGCCGCGGUCGCUAGCCUCAAGCGCGUUCUCCAGGCCAUCGAGGACCUGCCCGUCCCCACCAUCUGCUACAUCAACAGCGUCACCCUGGGUGGCGGGCUGGAACUGGCGCUCGCGUGCGACUACCGCUUCGCCGCAGACACCGUCAAGCAGAUUGGGCUGCCCGAGGUUAACAUUGGCCUUCUCCCCGGUGCUGGCGGGUGCGUGCGCCUGCCCCGCCUCAUUGGUCUCACCGCAGCCAUGCAGCUCAUCCUUCCAGGCAAGCUCAUAUCCGCCCACCGCGCGAAGAAGCUUGGCGUCAUCACAGAUGUUGUGCCCGCUGGUGGCCGCAGCAGCGGCAGCAGCAGCAGCAACAGCAAUGGUUCACGCGCAUCUGCACACCCGUGGACCUGGGUUGUUGCCCCAUCGCCAUCAUCAUCGUCAUCACCAUCGCAUCCUCCGCAAGAGAUGGUUGCGCACUUGUCCGCGCGCGUGUACCGCCUGCGUCGGCUGGGCGCAAGCAGCAAGUACCCACGGCACGUGACUGGCAACACGUGGCUGGAGAAACAGAUUGCGUACAGCAUGGCUGUCAAGACCAUGGACAAGACUACCCACCGGCUGUACCCUGCGCCAUAUCGCCUGCUGGACGUGGUCAUGCGCUGCUGGGACGCACCGUACACGCGCGCGUUUGACAUUGAGACAGAAGGGUAUGUAGCGCUCGUGUGCACGCACGAAGCCAAGGCGCUCAUGAGCCUGUUUGCCGGCCGCAGCGACCUCAAACACGAGGCAGCAGCCCACUUCCACGCCACCGACACCAAAACCGACACCACCACCACCACCACCAAUGCCACGGUGGAUCGUGUGCUUGUGCUUGGCGCAGGCCACAUGGGUGGAGGGCUCGGCCAGCACCUGCACGCGUGUGGGGCGGAGGUGCUGUUUUUCGAUGCCAUCGAGGCGGCGCUGCCGCUGGCACGGAAGCGACUGGCACGGCUGUACAUGGGGUCGAAGCGGCGCCCCCGCAUGUCUCAGCAGGAGGCAGACCAAAAGGUUGCCUCUAUCUUCAUGUCCACGGACCUUGACGCCUGUCUCGCUGCGCUGUGCGAACCGGCACCCCAUAUCCGCCACCGCGUCGUGCUCGAGUGCUCGCCUGAAGACAUCGCCAUCAAGCACAAGCUCAUUGCCAAGGUGUUGUCGCACGAUCCUUCGCUCAUCUUUGCGAGCAACACGUCAUCCAUCCCCAUCCACCGGCUCGCGGCCGCUGUCGACCAACGCCUGCGCACCAACGUCAUUGGUUUCCACUUCUUCCAUCCCGAGGGCAACAUCACGCCUGUUGUUGAGAUCAUCCCCAUCCGCGGCGUCACCAGCAAUGCAACCGGUGCCGCCAUGGUCCAGCUCGCAGGUGUGAUGAAGAAAGUGCCUGUGGUUGUGGGCGAUGCGCCUGCGUUCCUGCUGAACCGCAUGAGUAUGGCGUGGUACGCAACCGCCGGCGCUGCCGUCGUCCUUGGUGGCGCAUCAGUCCAGCGCAUUGAUGGCGCAAUGAAGGACGCUGGUUGCAUCACGGGGCCCUUUGCCGUGCUGGACUCCAUCACCUUCUCCACCGCCAUCAAGGUGUGCGAGUGCAUGAUGGGCAUGGUGGGUGAUGGCGCCGUUGGUGGGCGUUACCUCCUCCACCUCCUGCAGAAUCUUCAGAUGGCCGGAUGCACGGGCCGUGUCGCCACGGGCGACAGCGAAGGAUUCUACCUUUACCGCAACGGCGUCAGUCUCGGCGUCAACCCAAAGGUCAAGAGCGCGGCGCAAGCAGCGCGUGUCCGGAUUUCGGACCCGGCGUCCACCAACGUUGCCCGCAUGCAACGCCUCUCCACACAGGAUGCCACUGAGCUUCUCCUCUUCUCAACCGUCAACCAGGCGUGCGACCUGCUUGACAGCGGCGUUGCUGCGAGCGCGCGCGACGUGGACAUGCUUGCAGUGCUUGCGAUGGGGAUCCUGCCCCGGUACGGCGGCAUCAUGGCAUAUGCGGAUGUGUUUGGGCCGGCGGCGAUCGUGGAGCGACUGGAGCACUUCAAGCACCAGCUGCCACACAUCACCAUCUCACCCUACCUGCGUAAACUCGCCAAGCAGCAGCGCGAACACACACCAGCAGCAGACAGCAACGCCGGCAGCAGCAGCACCAAACACGAGACUGCAUCCACCACUGCCGCAACCACUGCCAGCAUAUCAUCGCCACCAUCAUCGUCACCGCCGCCUGCGUAUGUGUUCCGCCCCGACCUGCGCGGCAUGCGUGGCCCGCCAUCGGGUGCCGGCCGCGUGUCUUCGUGGUCCCCGGCUGCUGUUGGCGCCGCUGAUGCCGCCAUUGCCGCUGCUGUUGCCGCAGCGUCAGCCUGGCUCAUCAAGCUCACCGCCAAGCUCUGAUGCGGUGUGUGAAGCUGUGGUGGUGUGCGUGUGUGUAUCUGUGUGUGUGUAUCUGUGGUUGUGUCAUUUGGAGAUGCGUGUGUGUCGUUUUGCACGUCCUCGUUGGCUUCCUGCACCGUUGUGCCCUCGUUGACGACUUUAUCACUGCUUUUCCCCAAGUGAGUGCAUUUGCACGGCGGUUCAAUUAAAGUUACAAGCAACACAAGCAA